AUGAGAAAAGCAGUUCAUUUCAAGAUAUUGAUACUAUGUGUCUGUCAUUUCGCAGCGUCAACGUUGGCGUUGCAACCAGCUGUUCCAAUUCAACCAGUGGGAUUGGCACGACAUCAUCAGAAACAAUCAUCCUCCACAGCAAGGUGGGCGCAAUGGAAGGACAACCGGAUGGAAGAAACGAGUCAGGUUUGCUCAUCUCCCAAUCCUUUGGUAAAACUUCUUCGGGAUGGUCCUGCAGUGGUCUUUGCAUCCAUGAUUAUCUUCUUUUCGGCAGCCUCACCAUCAUCUGUUGUCCCCAACAUGUCUUCGAUGGCGUGGGCAGAAACGGAAACGACUACGACAACAGUGACAACCGAAUCCAAGCUCUUGGAACCUUCUUCGAUAACCAAGGAAUCCUCCGUUAUUGAAGAAGUCUGGAAUUUGAUAAAUAAGUAUUACAUCGAGCGUUCCUUCAAUCAUCAGGACUGGAAUGCUGUGAAACAAAAGUACGUCGAUCCCAAUGCCAAGGUAGACAAUGAAAAGGCCAUGAAGUUGACCACCGAAAUGGUUCAGUCCUUGGGAGAUAAGUACACUCGUAUACUUGAUACUCAGCAGUAUGCAGCCAUUCAAAAAUAUGAUUUGAUUGGAGUUGGUGUCACUCUCAUGCCAAAUCCGCAAAAGGAAAUUAUUGUUGGCGGACCGCCGAUUGAGGGAUCACAGGCGGCCAAGGUAGGACUACUCCCGGGCGAUUAUAUCACAGCGGUCAAUGGCUUGCCCACUAGUGGCAGGACUGCAUUUGACAUUAUUGAUCAGAUUUCCGAGGCGCCCAAUUCCAAGACGGUUACCUUUACUGUGCGACGACAGGGAGACAAGGACUUGGCUGGAGAGGGAAGCAAGUUUGAUGUCACCAUGGAACGGCAAACGAUGCAAGUCAAGGAUCCCGUUCAAUACAAGCUCAGUGAGCAGCGUAAGGAUGGAACCAAUGUGGGGUACAUUCGAGUGAGCGAGUUUAAUUCUUUGGUGAACGCCAAAUUGCAAGAUGCUCUCCAAGAUCUAAAGGCACAAGGUGCCAAUGCCUACGUCCUAGACUUGCGAUCGAAUACUGGAGGUGCCUUUCAGAGUGCCGUAGAGAUCUCGGGACUCUUUUUUGAAGAUCGGGUGGCGACCUAUGUGUUGGACAGCAACAACGUGGAAUUGCCCUUUCGAACGACCACGGGAAAGGUCGCAAUUGAUCCCGAGGCACCCAUGGUGGUGUGGAUUGAUGGCAUGUCCGCCUCGGCUUCCGAAGUUUUGGCGGGAUCCUUGCAUGACAAUUGUCGGGCUGUCACCAUGGGCGACCAAUCCUUUGGCAAGGGAUUGAUUCAGGCUGUGUAUGGCUUGAAGAAUGGAGCUGGAUUGGUCUUGACCGUGGCGCGCUAUGUCACGCCCAAUGGAACCGACAUUCAAGGGACAGGCAUUACACCCGACAUCAAGGGAGAAAUGCCUGCUCCCGUUCAAAUACCAGUCUUGAGUUCCAACACUGCCAAGGUUGAUUUCAAUGAUAUUCGACAAAAGUUGGAUCCUUCCAUGUGUGCGAUACCACAAGAUCGGGUGCAAGCUCAGACGGCAGUGCAGUAG